AUGUCUUACGGCGGUGGAUACAGCAACGGUUCCGGCUCUAGUCGCGGCGGCUUCGGCGGCGGUCGAGGUGGCUCUAGCAGCUACGGCAACGGUGGUGGCUAUGGCGGCGGCAGCUCUUACGGAGGUGGUAGCUCCUAUGGCGGCGGUAGCUCUUAUGGCAACGGCAGCAGCGGAUACGGCGGUGGCAGCAGCUACGGCAACGGUGGAGGCUAUGGCGGUGGCUAUGGCGCCAGCGGAGACCGCAUGAGCAACCUCGGUAGCAACCUCGGCGCUGUCGACUGGAACUCUGUCGACCUCGUUACCUUCGAAAAGAACUUUUACAUCGAGGAUCCUCGUGUCGCUGCUCGCAGCGAGCGUGAGGUUCAGGAAUACCGUGCCUCCAAGCAGAUGACCAUCCAGGGUCAGAACGUGCCCAAGCCUGUCACCUCUUUCGACGAGGCCGGCUUCCCCGACUACAUCCUCUCCGAAAUCAAGAAGAUGGGAUUUGCCGAGCCCUCGGCCAUUCAGUCUCAGGCCUGGCCUAUGGCCCUCAGCGGUCGCGACCUUGUCGCCAUCGCCGAGACCGGUUCCGGUAAGACCAUUGGUUUCGCUCUCCCCGCCAUGGUUCACAUCAACGCUCAGCCCCUCCUCAAGCCCGGCGAUGGCCCCAUCGCCCUCAUCCUCGCUCCCACUCGUGAGCUUGCCAAUCAGAUCCAGGUCGAGUGCAACCGCUUUGGUGGCUCUAGCCGUCUCCGCACCUGUGCCGUUUACGGUGGUGUGCCCAAGGGUCCUCAGAUCCGUGACCUUCAGCGUGGUGCUGAGAUCUGUAUUGCCACCCCUGGUCGUUUGAUCGACAUGGUCGACGCUGGCAAGACCAACCUUCGUCGCGUUACCUACCUUGUCAUGGACGAGGCCGAUCGCAUGCUUGACAUGGGUUUCGAGCCCCAAAUCCGCAAGAUCUUGCAACAGAUCCGACCCGACCGUCAGACCCUCAUGUUCUCGGCCACUUGGCCCAAGGAGGUGCAGCGUCUUGCCGGAGACUUCCUCAACGACUUCGCUCAAGUCAACAUUGGUUCCACCGAGCUCGCCGCCAACCACAACGUCAAGCAGAUCAUCGAGGUCUGCAGCGAAUUCGAAAAGAAGGGCAAGCUCAUCGGUCACCUCGAGACCAUCUCGCAGGAGAACGGCAAGGUCAUCAUCUUCACCAGCACCAAGCGCGUCGCUGACGACCUUACCAAAUACCUUCGUCAGGACGGCUGGCCCGCCCUCGCCAUUCACGGUGACAAGCAACAACAGGAGCGUGACUGGGUUCUUGCCGAGUUCAAGUCUGGUCGAAGCCCCAUUAUGGUUGCUACCGCUGUAGCAUCUCGUGGUCUCGACGUCAAGGACAUCUCUUAUGUCAUCAACUACGACUUCCCCACCAACACUGAGGACUAUGUUCACCAGAUCGGUCGUACCGGACGUGCUGGCCGUACUGGUACCGCCUACACCUACUUCACACCCGAGAACUCGAAGUCGGCUCGUGAGCUGAUUGGCAUUCUUCGUGAGGCCAAGCAGGAGAUCCCUCGUGAGAUUGAGGAGAUGGGUCGCUUCGGUGGUGGAGGUGGUGGAGGACGUGGCUUCCGUGGACGUGGCCGUGGUCGCGGCCGUGGUGGUUUCGGCGGUGGAGGACGCACUGGCGCCAACUCGUUCGCCGUUGGCAACUCGAGAUGGUAA